AUGGCUCUGGGGCUGCUCAUCGCCGUGCCGUUGCUGCUGCAGGCGGCGCCCCCCGGCGCCGCGCACUACGAGAUGAUGGGCACCUGCCGCAUGAUCUGCGACCCGUACAGCGCCGCACCCGGCGCAGGGCCCGCGGGAGCCAAGGCGCCGCCGCCCGGACCCAGCACCGCCGCCUUGGAAGUCAUGCAAGACCUGAGCGCCAACCCCCCACCCCCUUUCAUCCAGGGACCCAAAGGCGACCCGGGGCGACCCGGCAAGCCCGGGCCUCGGGGUCCCCCUGGAGAGCCGGGCCCGCCUGGACCCAGGGGUCCCCCAGGGGAGAAGGGCGACUCGGGGCGGCCCGGGCUGCCCGGGCUGCAGCUGACGGCAGGCACGGCAGGCGGUGUCGGGGUGGUAGGUGGCGGAACCGGGGGCGGCGGCGACUCUGAAGGCGAGGUGACCGGCGCGCUGAGCGCCGCCUUCAGCGGCCCCAAGAUCGCUUUCUACGUGGGUCUCAAGAGCCCCCACGAAGGCUACGAGGUGCUCAAGUUCGACGACGUGGUCACCAAUCUCGGCAAUCACUACGACCCCACGACCGGCAAGUUCAGCUGCCAGGUGCGCGGCAUCUACUUCUUCACCUACCACAUCCUCAUGCGCGGCGGCGACGGCACCAGCAUGUGGGCGGACCUCUGCAAGAACGGGCAGGUCCGGGCCAGCGCCAUCGCUCAGGACGCCGACCAGAACUACGACUACGCCAGUAACAGCGUGGUGCUGCACCUCGAUUCAGGGGACGAGGUGUACGUGAAGCUGGACGGCGGGAAGGCGCACGGAGGCAACAACAACAAGUAUAGCACGUUCUCGGGCUUUCUUCUGUACCCGGAUUAGGAGCGCGCGGAGCGCGAGGCGGAGGAGCUGCGGGCUGCUCUGGGCCCGCGGCGGAGAGCUCUUCCCGGGCUGCAGAGGACCACUCUCGCUUCCUGACACUUCCUGACAUCUGCGGAAAAGACACGUCCCUGCCGUCCUCCCUGCCCCCCUCCGACCUCAGUGUGUCUGCAACUCACCAAGCUCGCUCAGCUCUGGGCUGUCCUCCUGGUCCCUGUCCCCAGCCUGGGGAGGGAGAAGGGGACGCCCAAGUGGCGAGGGGAGCCUGAACCUGAAUUCCCCCGGAGGCGGAGACAGCUCAGUGCAGACUUGGCAAACCUGAUUGGACGGGACAGGCCUGGCGGGUGGUCUGCCCUUCUGGCCCCCUCCCUCUCCGAGUGCCCGGAGGCCGAGGCGCUCCCAGCCCUGGCCGCUGAGGUAGGCCAACGCGAGCCGGAGCUCCCUGGGGCAUCCUUCUUCCUGACCCCAAAAUACCUGUGCAGAUUUCCCUGUCCAUCAGCCAGAAACCACUUACAGCAGAGUCCCAGCAAAUGGAAAAUUCACCUCUCCACCGCAUUCCUGGGUCAGACCCACCU